AGUAGCGGUUCAACGCGUGUGUGAACGUACGGCUUUGGUCGAAGUCGACAUUGUUGUUGGAAGCUACACAUAAAAGAGAAAAUGUCUGAUAAUGAAGACAAUUUUGACGAUGGGGAUUUCGAUGAUGUUGAGGAAGACGAAGGACUGGAUGAUCUGGAGAACGCCGAGGAUGAUGACCAGGAGAAUGUGCAGAUCCUGCCGGCAGGAGAAGGCCAGCAGGCCAACCAGAAGAGAAUCACCACUCCCUACAUGACCAAGUACGAGAGAGCCAGGGUGCUGGGCACACGCGCUCUGCAGAUAGCAAUGUGUGCCCCAGUGAUGGUGGAGCUGGAAGGAGAAACGGACCCCCUGCAAAUCGCCAUGAAAGAGCUAAAGAGCAGGAAGAUUCCCAUCAUCAUCAGGAGGUACCUGCCGGAUGGAAGCUACGAGGACUGGGGCUGCGAUGAGCUCAUCAUCACGGACUGAACCGGGCUGCGCCCAACUCGGCCGAGUCGUAAUAUGAUCCAGACACCAAGACUACAACUCAGACUGUUUUCUCCCCUGUUUGGCUUAGAGUGCACGGUGCUGGAAAACCUUGAACAUUUCCCCUCCUGCCAGCUGUGGAGUGACUGCGGCGCUCUGCGUGUUGUGCAUUUGUUACUCGUUUCCAGUAGCAAAAAGGCCCACGAAGCGUGAUACUUGAGUUGGAAAUAACCAAAGUGUGGUUGUUUACUGCCCACAAGAGGGCGCUCGAGUUAGUUGGUCAGAUGAUUUUUGAAAUUAUUUUUAAUAAUCCAUUGUUAGUUUAUUCAGCUGCAUGUACAAUUUUCUGAAGUAUAGUGGUCUUUUAAAAUGUUUUAAAAACAUGAUUAAGUUUCUGCUACAGUUGUUUUGUUUCGCAUGUUAGCCACAUGCUUGACGGUCUCAUCAAAAUAAAUUGGUAUUACUAGCGUUUUUCUCCAGCUGUGCACAUGUUAGAAAUGUGAGUGAACACAUGUUUUAAGCUGUGACAGCUUCAUAAGACCAAAGUUGCUCAUCCCUUUUCUGUCCUUAAGUGAUCGUGGAUACAGGUAAUAGGACCAGUGGGCAUUUUGUUGCUGAACCUAACGGAUAAAUUCUGAAUGCACUGAACCAAAACAUUUUGCUGGUAGAAUCUAUUAUUUCCAUUAGCUCUGCUGUGUCAAUUUUAUCGUACAUAUGAGACUCAUAAUAACUUCUUGAAUUCCUGGACAAUAGCAGCAACAACAACAAAAUAGCA